GAAAACGGCAGCAUCGCGCCCUUGGGUGCAUACAGAGACAAGACCAUAGUGUUGACCCUGCCCGGUGACCUGACCGUCUAUGACAUCGACUACUUGUCCGUUUGGUGCGACGAAUAUUCGGUCAACUUCGGUCACGUCUUGAUCCCCGACGGGCUCCGGGUUCCGCCGUCUUUGCGAAUGCUCGGAGUCGCACCACAGAAACAUGGCAGCAGCUAUGACAGCCCUCGUCCAUCGGGCAGCAACUCCCACAAGCCACCCAGCAACCCCCGAUUCCCCCAGUACCCCAGCUCCUCCUUCUACUCUCCCAAACGGGUAGAAUACAGUCCCUCGCCCUCGUCCUAUCCCACCCCGCACCCGUUCUACGCCGCCGAGAAACGCCCAUCUCUCUACUCCGAUAAGCAACGCCCCUCGUAUGCCUACACCACCACCACCUCGACAUCAUCACGCCCGUCCUACUUCGACACACGCCCCAGCAGUCAGUACACCACGUCUCGUCCGUACCGACCAUCAGUCCAGGACUACACGACUCGGAAACCCUUCAGCUACAACAGACCAACGACGACGACGACGACGACGACCAGCUCUUACCGGUCGCCGUCGUCAUCACCGUCGAGGAUUGGGCUCUUCGAGUCCCGCCCUUCCACGUCGACCGCGCAACGGUACCACACGAUCCUCGCUGUGCCGAUACACCACAGUGUCGAGCGACAGCCGCAAUACGACUACGUUCAGCCCAGGUACCGAGAGGAUGAUGAAGAGCCAUCGGCAGAGGUGGGGCUGGACACGGGUUCGUACCAGCAGCCAGCAGCGCAAUCCCAGGAGCAGCUUUAUCCAGGAUACCAGCAGCAACAGGAGCAGGAGCAGGAAGACGUGGUGUACGUGAGGGAGCAGGAACACUUGCCCAGCAGCCAGCCGGUGUAUGAUGAUCGCGAGCGACAUCGCGCGGAGAAGGCCGACUAUUAUAAUGAUGAUAGCAGCAAGCGACACCUGGCUCGCCAGCCGAGACAGCAGGGAUUGCCGGCCGAGUACAAGGGCAGGAAGGCGAAUACGUACACUACGAAGCUGAAUUGCGAGGUUCUACGAGACGAUCUCGCUCUGGAAGUUCGCUGGGCCGUUGCUGGUGAAAGCAUCGUGAUUCAACUCGUCGGGAAACUCGAGGAUAAACAGUAUGUGGCGUUCGGUCUCAGUGGUGCAGAAAAACGACCACGAAUGGUUGGCGGUGACGUUGUGGUCGCCUACAUGGAACACUCAACUGGCAAGGGGUUUGCCAAUGACUAUUACUUGGAAGGAAAAGGUCAAUGCGCAGGUGACAGUGGAGCUUGUCCCGAUGAAGUUUUCCAAUCGAGUGGGAACAACGUUCGCCUGCUGAACACGGCCCUGGUGAACGGGUUCACCAUGAUCACCUACCAGCGACCCUUGAAGGCGUCCGACCAGUUUGACCAGGGCAUCGUCACCGACAAGGAGCAAGCCGUUAUCUGGGCCGUGGGGGCCAUCAACUCCCAGGGCACGGUGUCCUAUCACAACAAUCUCAAAAACAACGCACAAUCGCCAUUGCUGAUCAACUUCGGGCGCCAGCCCAGGUGGAACUGCCCGAUUCCGGACGAUGAGACGAGUGGACCCCACGCAAGUCCAGCUGCUGCUGGCACAGGAAGCAAAAACAACAACAACAAUAACAAUAACAAUAACAAGAAUGCAGCAGGAGGGAAUAUCAGGAGACCCGUUGCCCCGCAAAGGGCUGAACCUCCGCGUCGUGGAGGUGCACCCAUCAGUGUUCCUGCGCAAGAACCCGCGAUCCCUGUGACGACCGGCGUGGAACCCUGGUUCAUCCCGCCGAUCCCGUGCUACGAACCCGAGGACGGGGUUUUCUAUGCACACAUUGGACCCACUGGUGGCAAGGCGGGUUACGAGAGCAUCACAGGACGAGUUGGUUGGGGUGUUGCAUGGUACAUCAAUGGAUUGCUGAUUCCCGAAAUCACAGUUGUUCGUGGGAAAACGUACACUUUUGUCGUGGAAGCAGGAAAUGAUGCUGAAAAUCCAGUCAAAUUUCAUCCCUUCUACAUCACUGACGAUUCCGAGGGUGGAUUCGCUUUCAAGAGCGACGAAGAAAGAAGGAAAGUUCGGAUUUUCGCUGGAGUCGGACAAGACGUGCUCGGAAACGUGGUGCCCACAGGAGCCGGACGAUCGUGCCAAUGGACGGAGAACCCGGAUCAACCCGCGGCCCAGUUCCCAUCGUUCGGAGCAUACCAGCGAUCCCUCACGCUCAAAUGCGAGGAUGGACAACCGGGUAUCGUUCAAUGGGUUCCAGACAGCCAGACCCCCGAUACUGUUUACUACCAGUGCUUCACUCACAGACAUCUGGGCUGGAAGAUAAACGUGGUGGACAGGUGUACUCGAGACCGGGUCUUCGCCGGCAGCCAACAAGUCCCCGUCAACGUGGCUCCCGAAAACGCGCUUGCCAGCGUGCACGAAGUGUCGCCUGUCGACACAGCCGACGAGUCUCAGCUCUACCUAGACGAACUCGCCGCCGAAGCACCGGCACACUCGAACCGUCGAUCCCAGUACGUCGACAGCGAGAACUUUCGCAACAAGAACAAGAAAAUCGGCGGCAAGACCAAGGACGAGGACGAGUCGAAAAGCUCCUUGUCCGUCAUCAAGGGCGGCGGUCAUUUCGACAACGGGGAUAAUAGGAAAGCGGAAGAAGGCGAAGAAGAAGAAGGAAACGGAAAUAAUCAGCAGGAAGGGUCUCAUCAGCAGUUGGGUCAGGAGGAGGAAGAUUUGACAGUGAGCUUCCCGAGUUUCCCGGAGUUUGGCCAAAAGAAGGCGGCGGCCGAAACGGCAGAAAAGACCAUCAGCACCAAGCAAAAGGUCGGCAUCAGCAAGGAAGAGGUUAAAGACGGUGUGGUGAUCAUUGAGGCAGUUCCGAUCAGCCACGACAAAUCACCGCCACAUCAUCCUCCCCAAGAAAUCCCGUCGGAAAUAAACGAACCCAUUUCGGAAGAAGGCCCAGCGUUCAAUAACGACCCACGCGUUGUGCUCCCAGAAGCCCACAACACGGGCUUCAAACCCAAUACGGUUAUUUUGGAAAGCGGAUUCAAGCCGAUUCGAAAGGACACGGAUCCAGUGUUGCCGCCGGCGAUCCAGCAGAAGGUGCAUCAGCAGGACAGCCAAGAAAGACCCGUCCCACCGGGCCAGCAGGGCCAAUUCCUCGAGGCCCUGGCUCCGGAUUCGUUUAAUCCGGUCUUCCGACCUUCGCCCAGCGAUGAAGCAGAUGGGCCUGUUCAUCAGCAGCAGCAAGGGCCAGUCAGACGACCUCAGACGCCGAUCAUCAGGCCAAUUCAAGCAGUUCCACCUCGCGGAACAGAGAAGAAACAGCAGCCUGUUAUCGUGAAAGAAGAACAGGAUUUCCCCUUGCGAACAACUGCUGAGAUUAUUCAAGAAAUCACCGAAGGACCGGUUGGGCAAGUAAUUUUCCCAGUUGAUGAGGAUUUCCCGGAUUUCCCCGAGGAUUUCGACGAGCCGGAGACAGGCAAGAGGAAACAACCCGUUAUUGGACUGCCGCCGCAACAAAUUGGGCCGCCGCAACAGCCGCCGAAUUUCAGGCCCGGGCAAUUCGGUGGACCGCCACCAAGACAACAACAGCAGCAACAACAACAACAACAACAACAACAGCAACAGCUUCGACCUGCGGGGAACCGGAAUCAGCCAGGACCUGGGAAUAAUCAACCCGUGAUCCCACCUAAUCCCAACAGGCCAAUCGGGGUCCAGUUGCAACCCGGACAACUGCUGCCAGGGCAACGCCCCCAGUUUCCCCAGCAACUCCCGCCUCAGUUCCGCCCGGGUCCUCAGCCGCGCCCUAUCCCAGGUUUCGGGUUCCCUCCGCAAGGCAUCCUUCCCGGACAAAACGGACCAUUCGGGAUCCCUCCUCAGUUUCAACAGCAACAACAACAGGGGCCAGGUGGGCCCGGACCCGUGCGAGGACGGCGUCCUUCUCCGCAGCAAGACCAAGAGGAAUCUGAGCCCCAAGGAAACAGACCGCCAGCAGGCAACAACAGGCGCCAAAGCGGCGGCGGGGGUGGAGCCAGCAAUAAGAACAACCAAAAGAAUCAGAGUAACAAACGAAGACGCCCUUCCGGUGGCAGCAAAAACAACAACAACAACAAUAACAACAAUCGCAGAAGGAAUAAGCCACAGAAACAGAAUAUUGAGAACGUGGACCGCGCUGACAAUGCGGCUGACCAAACAAUUAUUGCACAGGAAUUCCACACUGAUCCCAGCAAGCUUCAAGGGGAAAUCCCGCAAGGACUCGGAGAAAAAGUGAGUCCCGCAUUCAAGCAGAACAAAGGACCGCCGCCGCAAUUCCUGAUGCCGCCCAACAUGGGCUCAGUCGGGCCAGGCUUCGGUCCCGCCGUCGGCUUUUCCGGACAGCCGCCACAAUUCCCGUUCAUUUCCGGCGGGAGAUUCCCUCAACAGCCGUUUCCCCCGGGUCUGGCGCCUCCCGGCCUGAGGCAUUCGAAUAAUGCGAAACCUGGGCCGGGACCUGCGGGAUCCAUUCCCUUGCAUCAACAAAAGGAACAGAAGGAGGCUCGAGAAGAGUCUCCGGAUGUUGUUCAGGCUAACAAGCAGCAAGGAGCUGAAUCAGACAUCCUGAAGGAUGUUUGGUCCACCAUCGAGAACAAUUCUGGGCCACAAUCGAUCGUUAGACGACAAGGGGUUGUCGAGGGUCCGGAGAUCCGGAGGCGUCAGUUUUUGGCGGCCAACCACCGGGACCUGAUACGAUUGCCACGAGCUGCGAUACCCGAAGAGGAACCCGUCACCGAACCCCAAUCAGAACCCAAACAGCAUUCGGAAGAAAAACACGCUGCUGAUGCAAACGCCGAGCCGGAACCCGAGCAUAAUAGCGGUGCAAUUGUCAAUAACGUGUCGUUGUCUUUCAGAUUUUGCCUAUUAGCCAUUGCAUGCGUGGCUUUUGCCAAUAAUCGGCUGCUGAAUUUCUUCUGACUCUAGCUCGCUUCGAUUUUUGCUCGACUCCAAAUGUGUUUCUAAGCAGAGCUUUUUUGUUGGUUCGUUUUUUUUUUCUUGUAUACGAGAGAUGCCAAUUCUGGUAGCAUAUUUGAGAAACGUCGAAAAAAAAAAAAGAAAUGUUCGUUCUCUGGAGGCAGUAUUGAAAGUAUCUUUUCUUUCUUUUUGUUUUGUUGCUUAUUGGAUGGUUGUGACUGUUCAAACUAUGAGGUGAGGCUGGAUCUUAAUUAUUUGUCAACAUCCCAGACUAUUUUUAGUUAGCUCUACUCAACUCUGCUCGUGAUGGGGAGAAAAAGGGAGGAAUGUUUUCGCUUUAAUUACGACUUUUUUUGAGGCUAACGGGAAACGUUAUUUUAUUCCUUGAAGAAUCUCUUUGCGAAUGAUUGUUUCAACUGGGGACGUUUUGUGAUAGGUGGUUAAUGUACAGGUAUUUUAAAACACAAAUACUUUUUGAGACUCGAGGAGUGAAUUUUUUGAUGCGAAGAAAUGAAUUGCGUCAUAUACUGUUCAUUUCCGCUCUGUUUUUUCGGUUCCUUUGAAUUUGGAAAACUCUUUGAAGUGGAUGUGUCUGCAGGUUUUAUUUUUUGAAAUGCAUGUUCGUUUCUGUUAACAUGAAGUGCGAAUAAAUAUUGUUUUAUAACGA